AUGGUUAAUAGUAAUAAUGAAGAUAAUAGUCGUUUGGAAUACUUAUCGCGUUCAGAAAAUGAAGAUGUUAAUUUCUUAUGUGAUUUAAUUGAUGUGGCCUGGUGGAAAAGACCGUAUUUAUUAGCAACAAGAUAUGGCAUGGUUCUACCUAGAUUUCGUUCGAGGAUGGCAGUGGAACAGGACAAGAAGAACGUCCAAAGUCAAAUUUUACAUAUUCGUCAAGUUCAAUCGAAUGAUUCGGGCGUCUAUGAGUGUGAAACGCUCGGAGCAAUUCAACAAUUUAAUUUAACAGUUAUAGUUCGCCCUCUAACUGUGGAACUUGGUGCACAAUUAAUUACAAAUCAAGAUUCAUCCAAAGAUCUUCCAUCAAACACAACAAGUCUUAGUUUGAUACAACAAUCAUUAAAACUAAAUAACGGUCACAUCCAUGUCCGUGAAAAUCAAUUGAUACGUUUUACAUGUGUUGUCGCACGCGCUUUACCAGCUGCAACUCUUCAUUUUCCAUUCGAUAUUGAUUAUCGUGUCGAAAGGAAUUCGACGAUCGAAAAUAACGAUAAAACCUAUCGAACAAUUCUUGUUCUAAUUCUCCGAAUCAAGCGUCCUCUACACAAGCGUACUCUUCAUUGUCAAGCAGUUCAAACACCGAGUAUCAAAUCCGAACAGCAUGCUCCGCAAUUACGAAUUCUCUCCAAUACAUUACAACUCGAUGUUGCUUAAAUUCAAUACAGUCCAAUAUGUUCGCAGAAGAAUUCCUCUCCACCACAACUGCACACGGGUAUCAAUCGAGCAAUCAAUUUAACAUGUCAUAUGUCGAAUGGAAAUCCGACUAAAGUCAAUUUUACUUGGCAUUUACCGAAUGGUAAUAUUUAUCUAGGUUCUUAUCUGAAUACAUCAUCAAGUUAUAUUACAUAUCUUCCUGCACAUACAACUGAUUUUGGACAAGUGAUUUGUCGAGCACAAAACGAAUUAGGUUUAUUUGGUGAAUGUCAUGUUAAUAUGAUCUUAGGAGCUAUACCCGAUCCAAUUCAAUCGUGCCAUUAUACGUAUAUUAAUUCAACACUGACCGUCAAUUGCGUAGCGGGUUAUCAUCAAGGUGAUGAAGAUUUCUUUUGUUAUAUGUAUAAACGACAAUCGAAUGGUUCCUAUUCGGAACAUGCACGUUUGAAAGGUAAUUGUGCAUUUAUCCUGCCUGAUCUUCGGCCUGAGUAUCAUCAUGAUUUUCUGGUGUUUACAAAAAAUAAAUACGGAGAUAAUUUCGAUCGAAGUUAUUCCAUUAAAGUUGGAAAACCCAAAGUUCGAACAUUUGCAGAAAAAACGCGUUUUUAUUGGCCAUAUAUGGUUUUGCUUAUCCUUAGCGCAUGUCUAGGCUCCCUAAUUUUAAUCUGUUGUUCAUACCAUAAAAUGCGGCAAAAAUCACAGAACAAACGAAAGACAAAUGGACAUAUCGAAAGUAUGACAUAUCAAAAUCACAAUUCAAAUGGCAAGAUGUCCUUAAUACAUGUGAAGCACAACGGAAAUGGAGCAACGUAUCCUGUUCGUCCCUAUCGAUCGAAAGAUCAUCUAUUGUCGUACGAAUCUUCAUCGUUGUAUCGAAACAGUACUCAACAGUUUAGAAGUGUCUAUUCAGCAGACGAUGAUAAUCCGUCUAAUCGACGACAUACAUUCAAAGAAACUGAUCUUGACCAUGCAAUUAAUCCAACACUUGAUCCAUCUGAACGUAUGACUAAAACGUUGCCGAACAAUCGUAACCGUUCGAUGGUUUCGUCAAUAGAUUCUUCUCAUAUUCAAUCGAAUGACCUUAGUUCUGUUCCAUCAACGAUGCAACGUCGUUCGAGUUUUCAAGCAGCAACAAAAAUGAAUCACUUUGAAUUAUCUUCAACACCCGAAUCAUUGUAUUUUCUUGAUAAACAAAUAAGUAAAUCAACCCAGCGUAACCAUUAUUCGCCUGAACAAUGUCGAGACAAAGCUCGUCAUCAAUCUCCUUGUCCUAAACUUGACCAGAGCAGUCAUUUGAUCGUCGAAAAUACGAUAUUGACUAACUCUAAAGCCGAUCAACACAUCAAUCACAUGAAUUCCCUGAAUAACUUUCAUCGAGAGAAUGUUAAAGAUACGAAAAAGUUUAUUUUGAACAAUCAUGACCAACAUGUAGAACGUCGGCGUGAUGAUGGUAUUUUUGUGUAG